AUGACAAAAUUUAGGAAAUUGAAUCGUCCAACAGGACAUCGUAUGUCCAUGCUCAGGACAAUGGGGUCGGAAUUAGUGAAGCAUGAGCGGAUUGAAACCACUGUUGCUAAGGUAAUAAUAGCACCUUUGUAUUUGCCCAGUCUUUGGAACUUGGGGCCCGAGAGAACUCUAUCUGCUGCAAGACAGGCAGCUGCCUUUGUACGCGGGGAUGCUGUCAUUCAUAAGCUCUUUACUGAAUUGGCUUACAGAUACAAAGAUAGAGCUGGUGGAUACACGAGAAUGCUCCGAACUCGGAUUCGAGUAGGUGAUGCUGCAGAAAUGGCCUAUAUAGAGUUUAUUGAUAGAGAAAAUGAACUUAGACAAUCCAAACCACCAAAUCCUCAACCUCCACAGAGACCAGCCAUGGAUCCCUGGACAAGAUCUCGGCUCAGCAGACAGUUUGCACCACCUAAGGAGGAGAAAUUAUCGACUCUGAUAGUUAAUACAAGUUUUUCUGGGAAGUGCAUUCAAGAUGAUUGUUUUGUCUUUUCAAUUCAUAAUGAUAUAUCUGGUUUUACAUGUUUGGAGCCUACAUGUAGUAGUGUAAUGAUAAUAAUGUUUCAUUCAACAGCACUAGGCAUGGUGAUUGGUAAAUUCAACUGGUUUUAAGCUUCUGUAUUUUCCAGCCUGCAGUGUACUCCAGUUGUAACCCCA